AUGACGGGCUCGGCCGCCGAGCCGGGCAUCAUCCCGCUCGCCAUCGACGAGCUGUUUGCCCACAUCCACGCCCAGCGCUCGCGUCGCCGGUUCGCGCUCCGCGUCGCCUUCCUCGAGAUCUACAACGAGCAGCUGCGCGACUUGCUCGCUGCGCCUCCUGGUCCUGGUGCGGCGGCGGCGGCGGGAGGAGGAGGGGGAGGGGGAGGAGGGGGAGCGGCGAGGGGUCCCGAGAUUGUCGAGAACGGCGCGGUCAAGGGCCUGACGGAGCGCGAGGUGGCCCUCCCCGGCGACGUGCUCGACGUCCUGCGCGAGGGCGAGACGCGCCGCAGGGUCGGCGCGACCGACUGGAACGAGCGCAGCUCGAGGAGCCACUGCGUGUUCAUCACGAUCGAGUCGAUGAGCAAGAAGGACGGCACGGCGCGCACCUCGAGGCUCAACCUCAUCGACCUCGCCGGGUCCGAGUCGGCGACGGGCCAGGAGGAGCGCCGCAAGGAGGGCGCCUUCAUCAACAAGUCGCUCCUCACUCUCGGCACCGUCAUCGGCAAGCUCACCGACCACCCUUCAUCGUCGUCGUCGUCGUCGUCGUCGUCGGCGCCGCCGCAGCACAUCCCGUACCGCGACUCGAAGCUCACGCGGCUCCUCCAGCCGGCCCUGUCGGGCAACUCGCGCGUCGCCGUCGUGUGCACCGUCAGCCCGGACCCGGAGCAGGCCCAGGAGACGCUCUCGACGCUCAAGUUUGCGAGGCGCGCAAAGAUGGUCGUCACAAAGGCCGAGAGGGGCGUCGUGAGUCGCUCGUCUUUUCUCUCUCUCUCUCUCGCGCGCGGCGCGCUCUUUCUUUCCCUCGUCACGCUCGGGUCCUGA